AUGCAGGUUUCAUCCCUUAUAUCAAAGCAGGAGCCGGUGUCCCAGCAACUGAUUCAGGAGGCUCGAAACGCCACAACUCAUGGGACGGAAGACGUGAGGACAGAGAACUUCGCGUGCAGUAAUCAGCAAAAGCCUUCCCAGACUUCAAGGUUUCACAGAGGAGCCGGGCUCGCGAGCCUGUUUCGUGACCUUGGACGAGUCCCAGUCUCGGAGUCAACCAUAUCCGCUGCUGUAACAGACGCCUCGAAGCAGUGCCAUCCCAAGCUAAGCUGGAACUCUGAAACACCUUCAGAACCACUCGGGGUGAAACGCUUGGAAGAUGCAAUCAUUCAAUUUGCCUCUGUGAAGUUGCCACAUGCUUCCGCACCAACUGCACUCCUGUACUACAUAGGGUUGGAUCCUUAUGAGGCUGCUGGCUCAGAAAUAGGAGUCAGCCAACGUAAUCAAUCUGUCAAUUUCCUCUCCCUUGCAGCAGAGGGAUACAUUUUGUCGUGGAGUUACAACGUCUCGCACUGCUCAACAGGCUCAUUGCAAACCCACAGCACAGUCAACAAUCCAGAUUACUUCACACCAAUGUCUCAACCCAUUAACUGCAAGCGUGAUGACGGGCAAUCGAUUCAACCGUGUUGCAACGACGGAAAGGAAAAUCUCUGUAGCUGCAACGAAACACUGCGUCGAGAGGGUAUUCAGAGCAGCAAUGCCACCACAUUGUUUCGCAACGGGGGCGCAGUUGAUCAAGCUAGUUCAGCUACAGGGCCCCAGAAUAGCUCACAGAGUCGGAGUGGCGCAUUUAGUGGUCAUCCUAAAGACGCACAACCCGCGGGGAUUGCAGGGUGCCUUCCGCUGGCCUCUGCGGUAUCGUGUGACGAGAAUACCCAGGAGCGUGCAUCAAGAGUGAGCGGUCUUCCUUUCCCCCAGCAAGAACUAGGCAACGAAGAUCAAGGAACUUCUGGGCGCAGAGGGCAAGGGCAAUUCCAAGAAAAGCAUAACCUAUCUGCUCUCAAGGAUGCUUCGCAUAGAUUCCUUUAUCGUGCAGCAGAGCAUCAGAACUCCUUUGAAGUCGAAGUCGUGCUCCCAGGGGGAACAAUUGAAAACGUUCGACGCGAAUUCGCCACGAAUAGUUUGCUCUUUUCUGGGCGGCUUAACGACCCUUCGUGGCGUAUUCAACUCCCAGGUGAUCCUGCUACUUGUCGACUUCGACUGCGUGUACCACUGAAAUUCCGCAUAUCGUCGAAUGCGGUCACCAUCGACCAGAAUUUUGCAAACGGCCACAUCUACGUCUCAAUUCAGAGAUGA